UGCCCAGGUAGGGGUAUAUAAAAUGGCGGCUCUCAUUUGAACGCGGAAGUGAAGUCGAAGUCGGGGGGACUUUUCGGUUUACUAGGGCUCUGCGGUUCAGAUCGCUAUUUUCUUUAAUUAAGGAAAAACAUAAGGUCUUCGUGAUGGAGGCAAAAGUGCGAUUAAACUUCCAAUUUCUCGUGAUGUUGUAGAAAUUCAGCAGACUUGUUGGGACCUGUCUCUAGGCCAGGUUUAAGUUACAUGUGUUGACCUGAUCUAGGUCAUUGCCAUUCAGAGCAACCAUGCAGGGCUCGGAGACAGUGGAGUCCAAGAACCGAAGCUUCCUCAAGAAGCGAAGCCUGGACAUCAGCUUCAAUGUGGACAGCAAGUAUUCCCCUGUCGAGAACAUCGGCAUCGGCGCAUACGGCGUCGUCUGCUCGGCAAUCAACAAGAAGAACGGCAGGAAAGUCGCCAUCAAGAAAAUACCAAACGCUUUCGACGUGUUGAUGACGGCCAAGAGGACGUACAGGGAGCUGAAGAUACUGCGACAUUUCAAGCACGACAACGUGAUAGGGAUCCACGAGGUUUUGCGCCCGGCCGACGCGAAGACAAACGACGUAAAAGAUGUCUACGUUGUCUUUGACCUGAUGGAAAGUGACUUGCACCACAUUAUUCACUCUGACCAAGACUUGACGGAUGAACACAUUCGGUACUUCCUGUACCAAAUUCUUCGCGGCUUGAAGUAUAUCCAUUCUGCCAAUGUUCUGCACAGAGACUUGAAGCCAAGCAAUCUCCUGGUUAACGAGAAUUGCGAGCUGAAAAUUGGUGAUUUUGGCAUGGCAAGGGGGGUGUCGUCAAGCCCUAGUGACUACAAGGCAUUCAUGACAGAGUAUGUCGCUACUAGGUGGUACAGGGCCCCCGAGCUAAUGCUUUCUCUGAAUGAGUACACCUUUGCAAUAGACGUGUGGUCGGUUGGCUGCAUCUUUGCAGAGAUGUUGGGUAGGAAGCAGCUUUUUCCAGGGAAGAACUACUUGAACCAGCUGAAUCUCAUCAUGUCCGUCUUGGGCACGCCUCCAGACAGCAUCAUCCAAUCAGUGACUGCGGAAAGAGUCCGACACUACAUGUCUAACAUCCCCAAGCGAAGGCCGGUCCCGUGGAGUGUCCUGUAUCCACAGAAGAGCAAAGACGCACUGUGUUUGCUCUCCAAGAUGCUCAACUUCAAUCCCAAAGAGCGAAUUUCAGUUGAAGAUGCUCUCUCUCACUCGUACUUGUCCAAGUACCACGAUCCUGACGACGAACCAAUCUGCAUCCCUGCAUUCGAUUUCGACUUUGAGAGACAGACAAUGACAAGAGACCAAAUCAGGCAGGCAAUUCUAAGCGAAAUUGACGAAUACGAGAAGUCUCCAACACUGAGAAUCAGCAAGGUAGCCUUGAAUGCUUGUCUUCGCCCUGUGCCAAAAGUACCAUCCGAGUCGUCAAUCAGUUCUCUCUUUCAAGCAAAUUCAAGCUCUUCAUUCAAGACAGAGAGCACUGAUUCACAGGCACAAGGUGGCUGCAUUCCUAAGAAAAAGACAAUGACAAGAAGUGUGACAGACACAUGCAUCGCCGACAUCUUCAAGAAACCGCUUGAGGUUCUGUCAAGUAACAAGCAGAACGUAAGUCCCAACCGUCCUACUCCCAACAUUCCACAAGUCCUGCCCUCUAACUCUGCCCUCUCUACAACCAGCUCAAGUUCAACAGAUGUUGUUAUGCUCAGCGCAAAAGAUUCAGCAGAAAUCAAAGACAUUCCCGAGGAGCAAUCUGAUGCAUGCAAAGAAGUAGAUAAGGAGGACAUCCCCGCCCCAGAGAAGGUGGAACAGCCCAAAAAGAGUGUUUCCAUGGAUACCAAGGCUAUCAUCAAGGCAGCCAUCUUGAACUCAGCAUUCCGGGCUAGCUUGAGAAAAGGACAAGACAAAAACUCUGAAAAUCAAGAAAAGAAGAAGGUGACAGCAAUUGACAGGCAAAGAGAAAGGGAAGAGAAGAGGAGACAAAGGCAGAUGAAGAGUUUAGAACGGCAGAAAAAUAAGAAUAAAGCCCCACAAGAAGGGGUCAAGCUAAGUGAUGAGGAUAAAAAGCUGCUUGACAGAUGGAGCAAACUGAGACAACAGAAGCCAAAAGAGCAAAACACAAUUCAAGGCAACAUCAUAGAGCUGAAUGCACUGAAGAAGGAAGUUGCCAGAACAAAUACCUGUGACCAAGCAGGCAGCAAUCCCAUUGGUAGAACUCCUGGCCAAUCAGGGAGGUUACUCAGCAGCAGCAGUUCUGUGGCAGCCAAUCAAAUUCAAGGAGCAUCUGCUUCAGCCAAUCAGAUGCAAGACAGUAAAUUGGCAAUGAAGGCACCACUCUUGCAGGGUAACUUCAUGUCUGUGCAGAGUAGCUCUACUGCAGUGAUGACAAAUCAGAUGCAGCUGUCUAUAGCAGGUGUAGGACAGGAGCAUGUGCAGAUUCAGCCAUCAAGCUCGGGACAGACUGUUGGCCAAUUGGUGCAAAAUCCCAUACCAACAUCCUCGUCAGGAUCGAAUGUGCAGAUGUUUACAAGUAACACCAACAUGGGGAUCGUGACCAUACCAGUGUCAUCACAGUCUAGUGUAGGGGUGCACCUGAUCUCUGUCCCAGGGUCUCAUGCACAGUUGAUUUUGAGCCAGCCAACGACACUUGCUACUUCCCUUGCUAACAUUUCCUCCUCCAUGGUGACAAGUAACGCCUCCGCAAGCACAAGUGGAUGGCCACAGGAGCAGUCUGGGCAAAGAUUAAAUCCCCAAAUAGGAGAGUCACAACUUGGAAGGCAAGGUACACUGCUACCUGCCACUAAACCACUCCAGUCUACCAUGGCAAGCGAUCAACAAUCCGCUGCCAUGGAGACAAAUGAACAGCCAAUAGCAGUUGUGAUGAAUCAGCCAAUAGCAGGGUCCCAGACAUUGCAAGAUGCACCAGCCAAGAGCACCGACACUAGCUGCAAGCCUGAGCCGGCUCCUCUUGAGCAAGUUGUUACCUUUGACAGCAUCCCCUCUACCAUUCACACCUCUCCGGACGCCAAGGUGUUCGUAGAACGUCCAAACACUUCUAAAGUCUUACCCCAGCCAGCUGGACAAGCUUCAACCAUGUCAGGAGCUUGUCAAUCUACCACAACUCUUUCAGUUUCAAACCGCCGGCUUGCUAGCACAGAGAAACCGACAGCUGCCCUCCCCACCAUAGUUGAGCCAGGCAAGUCUCGACCCAGUUCCACAGCACUAAACACAAGUCCAGCAAAGAAGGACAGCCGAGGCCCCUUCUCCAACAUGGAUCCAUCUUUAGACAUAGCAUCUCUUGUCCACCAGUUGUCCAAGUCACAGGUAGAGGACAUCUUACCGCCGCUGCUGCCCUCCACACCAAAAGGGGGCGGGGCAGGUUAUGGUCUUGGGCUGGUGAGCGACUUGGACGAACUGAUCAACGAAUCCUUCAAUGGGCCUAAGGAUAGUGGGAGUGGGAAGUGUGACUCCGCCCCCCUAUCAGCAUCCUUGCUUGCUGAUUGGCUGGAAGUUAACGACAUGAAGCCAGAAGACAUGGAGGCCCUUCAGAAGGAGCUGGAGCUGGGUUCACCCAUGGUGCUGGGGUCACCCCUCCCCCUCUCCAACUCUGAAAGGAUGUCAUAAGAUUGCUACUAGUACUUGAAGUGGUGGCAACUUGCACAGGAAUGCAGGACUUCAACAGACAUUCAACUGUUAAAUAAUCACAUAACAGUAUUGUACACUGACAUUAAGAACUGGAAAUAAGAUUUUGUUAAUGAAACAAUGCAAAGACUACACUAGAAGACUAGCCAGGUGAC